AUGGGUCCCAGAAAUAUCAUUGUUGGCGCUUUGCUUUGUGCGGUUGGAGUCCAGGCAGCUAUCCCCAAGAUUCAUGGGUUCAGACUUACUUGGGCUGAUGACUUCAACGGGUACCUUAACACCCUACCCGAUGAAAAGAACUGGAUUAUCGAUACCGGCACUAGCUAUCCGGGUGGCCCUCCGGCUUGGGGUACCUGGGAAAUCCAGACGUAUACGAAUAGCACCGAGAAUGUCCGUGUGAAUGGCAAGGGUGAUCUUCUGAUAACCGCCCUGCGAAACUCUUCUGGAUCAUGGACGUCUUCACGGAUCGAGACUCAGCGGACGGACUUUAUGGCACUGCCGGGAGGGAAAAUGCGAAUCCAGGCUGAUCUGAAGAUUCCCGACGUGGGCAGCAACGGCCUCGGGUACUGGGCUGCCUUUUGGACUCUCGGCAGCGAGUUUCGCGGCGACUACUGGAACUGGCCCUCUAUUGGAGAGUAUGAUAUCAUGGAGAACGUCAACACCCUUGACCGGGUCUGGGGCGUGCUACAUUGCGACAAAAACCCCGGCGGCGCUUGCGAUGAAUCCAACGGCAUCGGAAACAGCCGACCAUGCCCCGGCAGUUCUUGCGCAGGGAACUUCCACACCUACGCCAUUGAGGUCGACAGGACGGGGUAUCCUGAGACGCUGAGCUGGUUUGUUGAUGGGGAGCAGUUUCACCAAGUCAACGAAACGCAAUUGCCGGAAACCGUUUGGAAGAAAACGGUGCACCACCCUCAUUUCAUUCUCCUCAACUUGGCCAUGGGCGGUGGCUUCCCGAACGGCGUUAAUGGUGGUCCGACGCCAACCAACAGCACUGUUUCAGGAGGCACGUACGAGAUCGGAUAUGUUGCUGUAUAUAACUCAAUCGGCCAUCGCCAUUAUCACGGCAAUGCUGCUCUUGACAUUCAUCUAGGCGCCUGA